AUGGACGACAACACGGUUGCUACUUUACAUACUUGGGAUGACCUCCACCAACUUAUCAAACGCGCUGGGGGGAACCUCGUUGUUAUAAACUUCUACGCUACCUGGAGCGCCCCGUGUCGCUCCAGUAGCCUGAUUUUUCGUAGAAUGACGAGGCGGUUUACCGGCGUCAUCUUUGCUGAAGUGGACAUUGACGAAAAUGCCGAAACCGCUGAAACAUUCAGGCUGGACGAUUAUCCAACAUUCAUCUUCAUCAAACAGGCAGAAGUCGUUGCGCGGCUAGAAGGAGCGGAUGUCAGUACUUUGUUCACUUUGCUGAAGACUCAUUCCAGGUGA